AUGGCUCCGCCGCCCACCCCACCACCGCCGCUGCCGCCCGGCUACUUCGAGCACCGGGCCGCUAUCCUCGCCCGGGCCGCUGCCGCGGCUUCCUCCUCCACUGCCUUAGUUCUACCACAACCACCACCUAUGCCUCCGGUGCUCUCCUUCACCGAUACAAUCUCCGAUAUUAGUCCCUAUAUCCCCAUUACCCUCGAUCUCACCUCCCACAACUACUACCAUUGGCGCCACCUCUUCGAAGUUCACCUCGGGCGCUGCAAUCUUCGCUCCCACGUCGACGCCACCGCCGUGCCGCAAUCCCAUGAUCCCCAAUGGGUCAAGGAUGACCUCGCUAUCAUCCAAUGGAUCUACAUGCGCGUCUCCACCGAGAUCUUCAAUCUCGUCUUCUGGGAAGCCGCCACCGCCGCCAGUCUCUGGGCGGCCCUUCAGCAGUUGUUCCAAGACAACGUCGAUGCUCGCACCAAUCUACUCCACACCGAGCUCAGGAAUACGGUGCAAGGCGACUCCUCCCUCAGUGUCAACUGCCAACGCCUCAGGUCCAUCGCCGACGAACUACGUGAACUUGGUGAUCCCGUUGAAGACCGGCAGCUUAUCAACAUCCUCCUCAUCAGGCUCAGCGAACAGUUCGACAAGCAGGCUUCUUUCAUACCCAUGAUGCGGCCCCAGCCAACCUUUGCCGAGGUGCGCUCUAUCCUCCAGUGGGCCGACCGUGCUCAAACCAACAACGACGCUCGUCCUCAGCUCUUCGCCGCCGUUCCGCGCGGUCCAGCACCCACGGCGCCACCCGCGGCGUCCCCUUCACCAGCGGUGCCUUCCUCCUCGACCGCGCCCGCUCCACCGCCAGGCUGCCGUCCCAGCCCUAAUUAUCGCGGCAAGAACCCCAUCUACCGACCGCCUACGACGCGCUCGGCGCCCACUCCUUCACCGUCGCCGGCCCCAAGUGCGCCACCAACAGCUACGCCUUGGCAUCCUCCACAUGAUCCCUGGACGGGGCUCAUCCAAGCUUGGCCCAUGCCAUGGUCCGCUCCGGCUCCCCUCGGUGCUCCACCGGCUUACACCGGUGCCUGGCAGCCUGAUAACCCACAAGUAUAG